CAGCAGCAUUUAUUGAUGACGAGACCGUCUCAGGUCCCAGAUGAUCUCCAGGAGCGAGACGACGAAAGAGCAGAAACUCUGGGAUGUGUUAGGAAUAAAUCAGAGCCACAUAGAGAGGGAGCAGAGGUCCUCCAGGCUGCAGAGGCGAGAUGAUGCGACCAGGAACCAAGCAGUAUGUGGUGGCCAGGCCUCUGUACUCAGAAGAGUCAUUUUCUGAGGAACAUGAGAAGGUUUACAGACACCGCAAAACCAUCACGGACCACAUCAGACAGUACUUCAGAUGCAACACCAAACGAGCCAAGACUGCUGCUCUGUCCCUUCUGCCCGUGAUUGGUUGGAUGAAAAUAUACAGAAUCAACGAGUGGCUGCUGAGUGACAUCGUGUCUGGUGUCAGCACCGGACUCGUGGCUGUCCUGCAAGGUCUGGCCUACUGUUUACUAGCCUCUCUGCCACCCUGGUACGGGCUCUUCACCGCCUUCUUUCCAGUGGUCACCUACUUUUUUCUGGGAACUUCAAGACACAUUUCAGUUGGUCCGUUUCCGGUUUUGUGUCUGAUGAUUGGCUCGAUUGUCACCAGGCUCGUUCCAGAUGAAGGGUCUCCAGCCAACAUCACGGGGUUUGAAAAUCUGACAAGAGAUGAACAGAGAGUGUUAGUGGCUUCCUCUGUGACCUUCACCGUUGGUGUCAUGCAGCUGGCGAUGGGAAUACUGCAGGUGGGCUUUGUGGUCAUGUAUCUGUCCGACACGCUGGUUUCAGGCUUCACCACUGCUGCAGCCAUCCACAUCCUGGUCUCUCAGCUCAAGUUUGUGUUGGGACUCACGGUUCCAGGCAUCAGCGGGCCACUCGCCAUCAUAUAUACCUUGGAGAUCAUCUUUAACAAAAUCACCUCCAGCAAUGUGUGUGACGUGGUGAUCUCUUUGGUGAUCAUGGUAGUGGUGUUCAUUGUGAAAGAACUGAAUGACAGAUUCAAAUCUAAGCUACCCGUGCCCAUCCCAGUAGAGGUUAUCAUGACAGUUAUUGCAUGUGGAGUUUCUUAUGCGUUUGACUUCAAGACGAGAUAUGGCAUUGAUGUUGUUGGCCACAUCCCAAAAGGAUACGAGCCCCCAGUGGCCCCAAAUCUCCCCAUCUUACAGGAGACCGCAGUGGAAGCUUUCCCGAUGGCUAUCGUGGGUUUUGCUGUAGCUUUCUCUGUGGCUAAAGUCUAUUCUAUAAAACACGAUUACACCAUAGAUGGGAACCAGGAACUGAUAGCCUUUGGAGUUAGCAACAUAUUUGGAGCUUCCUUCAGGUCUUUUGUAGCAAGCACGGCUCUUUCCAGGAGUGCAGUACAGGAAAGUACGGGGGGGAAAACUCAGGUAGCUGGUUUGCUUUCAGCCCUCAUAGUGAUGAUUGUCACCUUGGCGAUUGGAUUUCUCCUAGAUCCAUUACCAAAGUCUGUGCUGGGUGCUGUGGUCAUCAUCAACCUAAAGGGGAUGAUAAUGCAAGCCAGAGAGAUCCCAUACCUGUGGAAGAGAGACAAGCCAGAUUGUGCGGUCUGGUGUGUCACCUGUCUUGCAUCCAUCCUACUGGGGCUGGAUCUUGGACUGGCAGUGGGUCUUGGUGUGGAGCUGAUCUGCGUUGUCCUGAGGGUUCAGUUCCCUCGCUGCAGUGUGCUGGCUAACAUCAAGGGGACCGAUAUUUACAAAGAUAGAAAGGACUAUGUUCAUAUAUAUGAGCCAGAGGGGGUGAAAAUCUUCAGGAUCCCAUCACCCAUCUUCUUUGCCAACAUGGAUUUCUUCAGGAACAAGCUCAUAGAGGCUCUUGGCUUUAUUCCACUGAGAGUGUUGCGAAAAAGGAACAAAGCUCUGAGAAAGAUCAAAAAACUUCUGAAGAAAGGUGACCUGCAGUGGACAUCAAAGGGCUUUCUGAAUACCUCAUGUGGGACUAUCAACGAUUCAGAAGACGAGAGCAACGUAGAAGACCUAGACCAGCCGACUGACUUCAAUGACCUUCCUGCUUGCAUUGACUGGGAUGCUGAACUUCCCGCCAACAUCAUUAUUCCCAGAAUAGAGAUCCAUAGCCUGGUCCUGGACUUUGCUGCUGUCUCCUUCCUGGAUAUAUCUGCUGUGAAUGGACUUAAAACAUUACUGAAAGAGCUGAUUCGUGUUGAAGUUGAGGUCUACAUUGUGGCCUGUGAUCCAUAUGUGCUGGAAAAGCUUCAUCACUGUUGCUUCUUUGAUGAUGAGGUUCACCCAUCAAUGUUCUUCCUGACGCUGCAUGAUGCCGUGCUGCACAUUCUGGAAAAGCAUCCAGCACGUGCUGAAAAGGAACAUAACUAUGAAAAGAUAAUAACAACAGUCACAGUUCACCACCCCAACAGAAGUUUACGGAUUAGAGAUAAAAAUGGUCCAGAAACAGAGAGCAAGCUUUAAACUGGAUUUAACAGCAAAACCAAAGAAUGUGUUUUGUAUAUUGUGGUUUAUUUUAUUGUACAUGAUUAAUAAUUAUGUGACAUUUUUGUAUUUAUUUAACACAUUUCAAACAAAGCCAUAUUACAGAGGUGUGUGGAAGGACAAUAAUUCAUAAUUGAAUACUUUUUAGAAUCAAUUUAAGAAGAAAAACAUUGAAUUGAGAUUUUAGGGGCAUGUAUUUGAGCAUCAAGAAACUCCUGAUAAGUAUUAUUAAUUCAGAUUAUUAAUAAUUGAGUUUAAAUAUCCAUUGUGGUAUUUUUUACUUUUCAUUUUACAUCAACCUUUAAAUGUAAAAAAUAAAUAUACUUAUUUUCACUGUAAUGUUCUAAAAAUAAAUAAAAAUUGGUAACAAUU